CCUGCUAGUGUCGUGGCGGGGGCAUAUUUAUUUUCAUUUCUCUGUUCAUCUGCCAGACCUAUCAGUUUUACCAUGUCGGGUGAUGAAUUUUUGCAGGACGACGGUCCGCCUGCCUCGCUGCUAGAGGGUCUGGACAUCGAGCGUCUGGAGGCGCUCGCGGGAGCGGGAAUGGACGGCAGUGAGGAUUUUCACGUCAAUGGGGUGGAGGUGGAGAAUCGCGACCAGAGCCGAGUCGCCCGCACAACUGGAGCAGAUAGUACUUUAACUACGAAUCAGGAGCCACAUCCUGACUCGACGCCAUCACCAACAUCAAUAACGAACCGGGGAGGUGCUGUGGGCGCAGGAGCGGCCUUGAGGUCAUCUACUUCGAGGACGUCGACUAGUGCCAUGAAUCAUGGCAUUGGAACUAUCCAACAAGAGGAGGCCGAUCUUGUCCUCGCAAACAAUAAUCCUCCAGCAAACGUUCUUCGUGGCAGUAGUUGCAAAGCCUCUACUAGUUGUACCUCGUCGUCUCCAGCAUCACGGAAUUCUGGCGCGACGACAAAAGUCUCUUCUUCCAGAGGACAGCAGCACACAGGUGUUUCUUCUAGUACGACUAAGAUUUAUUCCCGGAACACGAGCGGGCAAGAUAACUACCCAAGCGAACAAAUAGAACUACCGCUUGGGGGUGUAGUUGCAACUGAAGGAGGUACAACUUCUACAACUAGACCUACAAGUAGAGCAGAUAUAAUCGGCGGCCGCGCGAAUCUGGCUUCUACCCUGCAAAAUGCUCGCGAUCGUGGCACAAGCAACUCGCUCGGCGAGCAUUCGUACUCCUCGUCUGGAUCCUCGCCACUUGCAGGACCUGCGAGCGCACCCUCAAGUUCGUCAAACUAUCAAGGAGAAGCACAUCAAAGCCGGAACAACAUCAACUCCUCGGCGAUAAAUUCGCCGUCGACUGCAACAUCAGGGCGGGGGGCGGGUCACCGCCAAGUUCUUGCCACCAUGGGUGCUGUGCC